AUGAACAUAAUAUUACAUUUUAUGAUAUUCUUUUGCCUGUCUAUUGCGCAGGGUUACAUUCUCUCCGAACCCACGCAAGCAGCACAACUUGGUGAACCUGACCGACCAACAGAGCCUCCUCAUGUUCGGCGUCAAGAGACAAGUACCUCUGAAGACGCUGAUAUCAUAACGAUAGCCCCAGAUGAAACUUGCGGUUAUCUUUCAGGAAGGCCUGGAAGCCCCAUUAUUUGUGAUAACCAAGAAACAUGCAUGUGGAUGAAAGCAAUAGGAAUCAUCUGUGGUAAAUUUGACGAAUCCGACGACUGGGUAGUACAUCAACAAUGUUAUGAUCUGGAGAUGGCUACAGAUCCAAGUUUUUGCGACGAAGCAUGUGCAGCAGACACGCUCGCCCUCCACUGCACUAACGCGUCGAUUCCUUUUUGCGCUACCUAUAUAUUCUCACCUGACGGUAUAACGGACUUCAGAUGCUUGUCCACCCGCCCGACUCGACAGUUGACCGCAUCUUUUACUUAUAUCGGUCAGAACGACGCGAAAUUUAUUACCACGGCGUUGCGUCCCGACCAGAGUUAUUCCGAGACCUCUCCAACCUUGGCUACACCAACCCACUCUUCACCAACAUCAUCUCUGUCCCUUCCUUCCUCUACUUCACCAUCAACUUCUCCUCCGUCAUCAUCGGGCUCGACCAAUCUUGGAGCCAUCAUUGGCGGAGCAAUUGGAGGAUUUACAGCUCUUUCGCUUGUGGCUCUCGCAACUAUUUGGAUUAUGCGACAGUCGCGAAACAAGAAAAAUCGUCAAUCAAUGCAAGGUGACUUCGUGGAGCACGAUGAUGGAAAGCCAGGGACACAGGUCGAUUGGCGAAGCUCAACGAUGACGGCGGUCAGCUGGCCUAAUUCAGCCUUACCGCAUACUGGAACGGGUCAACCAACAUCGCCAAGUGCACUAAGUGAGACAUCCCAAGGGAUAUUGACACCGAUGAGGCCGCAAAUGACGCAUGAGAUGAGCGGGGAAUCUGUUCAGCCCGAAAGACAUGAAUUGGGAGAUUCUGGAAUCUACGAAAUGGGGAAUGGUUCCAAUGAACGUUGA